CUUUUUGAAUCUCCGUUGUCAUAGUAAUGAGUUAUUCUUUAAAAGUGCCCGAAGGACGACAAAAGCAAAUUUGUCAUUUGUUCCAAACAAUGAAUCGUUCUAAUGAGAAUCAUCCAGAUAGUAUAGGAUUUGAUUGGCUGCAGAAACAUGGACAGUCAUUUGCAGGUUUUGUGAAUGGAACGUGGCUUGCAUCAGAAGAUAUUUCCAAGGAGUCAGCUUCUAUUUGCAAAAUUUCAGACUUUUUUUCUGGCAAAGAAUUGGCACAAAUACAUAUUCCAUCACAAGAGACUUUCCAGUUAGCUGCUAAAAAUUCUUUUGAUGGAUUUCAAAAAUGGUCUUCCUUCACUGCUGUUGAAAGAGCGAAAUAUAUUUAUAGUGUUGGAAAACAUAUAGAAGAAAACCUACAACUAUUUUCUGUGGUUGAAAGUUUAACCACAGGAAAGCAUUUGCAUAAAACUAGAAACAAAGAUGUCCCACAUUUAGUUCAAACUUUUUAUCAUGAUAGUUCAAUUUCUUUGAAAUGUGAUGAAAGUUGGAAGCCUACAGGAGUGAUUUGUGUUGUAGCAGAAGAAUUUAAUAAUCCACUCCUGUCUGCAAGCUGGCAAAUAAGCUCCAUUUUAGCUGCGGGGAAUUCUGCAUUUCUUUUAGUUGACGCAAAAUCUUUCCUGUCUGCAUUCUUGUUGUGUGAAAUUUGUUGUACAGCUGGUCUUCCACCUGGUGUAUUAAAUGUGCUCCCAACCUGUCAAGAGAGUCAAUCUUUUCUACCCAAAGUGUCAAAAGUAGUUUUUUCUGGUUCAACAAUGAGAAGCAACAUUUAUAUUGAUUUGGCAAUCAAGUCUGGGAUACCAAUUGAUAUUUCAACCCCACAAAGAACUACUGUUAUAGUUUAUAGCGGUUCAGAUUUACAUGCGGCUGCUAACAGUGUAUUGGAUAUUCUGGCAUUUAAUGAUACCAGAGCUCAGAGUUCUGGAUGCAAUGUUUUAUAUCAAGAUUCUAUUGAAGAAGAAUUCCUGAAAUUGCUGAAAGGAAAAAUUGAGAAAAUCUUCACUGGUGGAAAUUUAACAAAUUCUGAUUUGUCUUGCAUUGUUAUGGAACAGCAGAAACAUGACUUAGAUUUGUUUAUAGCCGAAGAAAAAAAAUUGAAUACGGAGAUAACUUUUGGACCAUGCAUUGAUAACCCUAACUAUUCAUAUUACAGGCCAGUUUUGUUGUGUAAUGCACGGACGUUAUUUAAGAAGAAAUGUGAUAAUUUAAAAGGACCCAUCAUUUUUGGUAACAAUUUUCGUACGAUCAAAGAAUCCAUCAACAUAUUCAACCACCAGAAACAAGCCUCUGCUGUCAGUCUUUGGGUAGAAAAAAUAUCAGUUGCUCUAGAAGUUGCUAGUAAACUCGAGAGCACUGUAGUUUGGGUUAAUUCUCAGAACAUUUUUAGUCCCCAAGCAGUACACAGCUCAGUACAUUUGAGUGGAAACAUAGAUCAAGGUGGUGAUGCUGGGAUGAUUUCUUGCAUCAAUAUUAAUAAGUCUGAAAUAACUUUGAGUCAAGUUGAUACUAAUGAUAUAGAGUCAUAUGGCAUUGAAAAAACAUAUGCUGACAAAAUUUCUAAUAAAAGUAAUAAGAGCUCUGAAAAAAUUCAUGGUAUAUUUAUCAAUGGAGAAUUUAAACCUGUGUCGGAUGGGUCCUGCUCUGAUGUUCAAAAUGCAGUGUCUUGUGCAAUUGCUGCACAACAAAAAUGGAAAAGUAUAUCUAAAGGAAAAUGCACACAGAUUCUCAUAUCUAUUGCCGAGACACUCAAAAAGAAAAAAGAAGACUUUGCAACAGAGCUUCAUGAGCUCACUGGGAAUUCUUCUGAACAAUGUAAUAAGGAAAUAGAGGAAUCAGUAAAGAAAAUCCUUUAUUAUGCAUCGUUUGACAUUGAUUGCCUUCAGAAGAAUGAUAUGUGCAAGGAAUCUUCUUUGCAAGUCUUGCAACAUCGUUCACCUUUAGGAGUGAUUGGUAUACAGUGUCCUGAUGAUAAUCCUUUAUUAUCAUUUCUAUCUCUGGCUUUACCAGCUGUUGUUUUUGGUAAUGCUGUUGUAGUCAUACCCAGUCAACAAUAUCCAAUGAUUGCCCUGAAGAUAUGUGAGGUGUUUAAAGCUUGUGGUGUUCCGCCUGGUGUUUUCAAUGUCAUCAGUGGAGAUAGAUCAUAUUUGACUCGUCAUUUGUCCUUAAAUCUAGAAGUUGGUGCUAUUUGGUUUUCUGUGAAUGGGUUUGGUUUCAUCUAUAACUCUCUGAAAUCAUACCCGAAGAAAGUUUUUUACAUCGACAUUGAUUGGUUUGAAAGUUCUGAAAAAAUUCAAGCGUUGAAGUUUGCAAUGGCAUGUACUUAUAACAAGACACUUUAUUUACCUUUUGGUGACAUUUUUGCUAAUUGAUGUAUUUUAAACACUGCCAUAUUUUUUUAAACAUUUUAUUAUACACCUUUUGAAACAUAUAACUGAAAUGAAUUCUUUGUUAUGAAGAGAAAUGUGUUUAUAAGA